AUGUCGACCAGUGGCGAUUCAACUCCAACGCGAGCCAUGGCAACCAUGCAGAGGUCCAACAGCAGUCGACAACUACACUCUGCAGGCUCAUCAGCAAACACAUCGCCUCAGUCCUCCAACAGAUCAUCAAUCUCAAUCAUGCAUCCACAAAAGUCCUUGGCCAAGGUAUACUUGUUAGCUCAACAGAUUGAUUAUGUACAUAGUGGCGCCAGUAUAACGGUGAGACCACUGACACCUCACAACCCUCUCCUCCCCGUUGAAACGUUCUCCAGCAUCCUCAGUGUACAGUGGACCACGUGUUGGACAAUCCCACUCAAUCAGUCCACAACAAGUCUCGAUAUCCUCAAGUAUAUCUCACAAAAAGCAAACAGAGAGGUCAAGUUCCUUCAGCUGGCAGACUCGGAGGGCAAGGUGUUGGAUCACGACUACCUCCUCAUCAGUCAUCAUGGCGGCCGCAAGUUUGUCGUCUUUGAGGACAUCAACAUAGAGAGCAUCAGUGGCGGUCAUCAUAAUGGCAGUGGCAGUGGCAAUGGAGGACAUAACAGCAGGGGUGUGACGGGCGAGCCGUCAUCACCACUGAUCGUCUCACAUCAUGUAGAUGAUCAUCAACAUCACCAUCAUGCUGGUGGUGCCAAAGCAUCAACCUCACCCAAUGGUCUGAGGAAGCUACCACCCGCGCCUCCACCCCGCUCACCAUCAAGCUUUGUACAUAACAACUUUAACAACAACAUUAACAUUAACAUCAAUCAUCACAAUGAUGACCCGAACGACAACUACAAACCAACCAGUCUGGCACCGGGACUAUUCCAUGGCGGUGGACAACAACACAAUCAAUUACUACCAGGCACAGACUCUCGAGACAAGUCACCAACAACAUCUCCAGGAUCGAGCAGGAAGAACAGCCGGGAGAAGGACCCACCCGUCGCGCCUCCCAUUAUUCCCCCAACCACAACUACAUCAAGUUACAGCUACUGCAAGUUCUUGGACAACGUGCAAGUGGCGCCAAAUAACCCGCCAACAACCGAACGUGGCAAGAUAUUGGACAACUACUUCAAUCAUUAUUACCAAGAGCUGUUCAAGUACAUCCAUCAGCGAAGUCGGCGCUACCAACGCGUGGUCGAGUUUGUAAAGGAGUCAAAAUUGGACGACAAUGCGGCGCACGCCUGGAUGUCCAAGCACUAUGACAACGAGAGCAACUUCCUGCGCAACAAGCGUGCCGGCAUGAAGUUAGACGAGUUCAAGAUCCUCACGCAGAUUGGCCGCGGUGGCUUUGGCCAGGUGUUCCUGGCGAUCAAGCGUGACACGGGCCAGGUGGUCACAUUAAAGCGUAUCCGCAAGCAGGCGUACCAAUGGGCCAACCAGCGUUUCCAGGUGUCGCAGGAGAAGACCGUGAUGAGCGAGGGCAGUGGCCGGUGGAUCACCCGUCUGUUGUACGCAUUCCAGGACCCCAACUACCUGUACUUGGCCAUGGAGUAUCAUUGUGGCGGCGACUUCCGCACACUGCUCAACAAUCUGGGCAUGCUGAAUGAGGAUGACGCACGCUUCUACAUGGCCGAGAUGAUUGAGGCGCUGCACUCGCUGCACGUACUCAAGCUCAUUCACCGCGACAUCAAGCCAUCAAACUUUGUAAUUGACCGACAUGGCCACAUCAAGUUGAUCGACUUUGGUCUGAGCAAGGAGGGUAUUGAGUGCCGCAACGGUCUCAAUCAGAAGUCCAUGUCGGACUUCCGCAAGAGCUGUCUGGACGGCAGCAUCUACACGUCGCGCCUCACACUCAAUAGUAGUCGCGGGGGCACUGGCGGCGUGGUGGCCUAUCGAAGACCUGUGGCACACUCUGCAGUGGGCUCGCCUGAGUACAUGGCACCAGAGAUCCUGGCCGAUGAAGGAUACAAUCAAUCAUGUGACUAUUGGUCACUUGGAUGUGUAUUCAUCGAGAUGUUGUGCGGUUUCAAUCCAUUCUGUGCCGACACUCCCAGCGAAGUAUUCCUCAACAUCAUGCAAUAUCGCGAGGUCCUCGACUGGCCACUCUUCACCCAAGACUUAUCCCCCGAAGCAGCCGACAUUUUGAAACGAAUGCUAUGUGAGUCACCAAAGAGAAUGAGUAGAUUGGAGGACUUUAAGGCUCAUCCAUUCUUCAAUGUCAAUGGAUUGACAUGGGAUAGUAUACUGGAGCAAAAGGCACCGUUCAAGCCAAAGGUUGAGAGCGAUAUUGACACUUCAUACUUUGAAGAGGCAGUCAAUAACGAUCCUUCCGCAUGGGAUGACCCGGCCGAUGAGACCGACCGACCGCGUGACCCAUUCCUCAAUCUAAACAUUCCAUUCUUUACGUAUCGCAAGUCCACCGCACUGCCAUUGCUUGAGGGCUUCCAUUAUAAUCAAACGCGUUGA